AUGAUCACACCUGGACACAAUCCGGCCGUUACCCGCGAUCUGACGUCACCAUUAGUCCUCAGCAUAGAUCUGGGUACUACAUCCAUAAAAAUAGCCCUAGUUGAUAGUGAAACCCACAAACCCUUGAAAACAGCAGCCCAGGUGACCAAUGCUGAUACAGAGAGCGAUAUUGGACCUGAUGGAUGCGAACAAAACCCGAGUCAAAUCCUUCAGGUCCUACAUAAAUGUCUAUCCGUCUUCGACAGGGAAUUGUUGGCUCGGGUUGUGUGUUUGGCGAUUACCGGUCAAAUGCAUGGAGUCAUGCUUUGGCGUAGCGAAGAGACCGCUAAAAAAGAAGUGGAUAGCUUUGCUAAUCCGACUCCAUCAUCGUCCGAACCGGUCUCCCCCGUUUCUUCUUCUGUUCAUCUUGCCAUGGAAGAAACCAGUAACCUUAUCACAUGGCGUGACCAGCGGUGCAACACGAAAUUCCUUCGCUCUCUUCCGCCACCCGAUUCGCACCUGAGGCUGGCCACCGGUCAUGGUUGUGCCACUUUGUUUUGGAUGAGUAAGGAAAGGGCUUCCUUACUGAAAAAAUUCGAUUGCGCCGGUACCAUAAUGGAUUAUCUUGUGUCCCUUUUGUGUGGCCUGGACAAACCUAUCAUGACCCCACAGACUGCGGCUAGUUGGGGAUAUUUCAACACUGAAAAUAAAUCCUGGAAUACCAGCAUGUAA